AUGUAGGAUGAGAGUCUUCAGACGGCCCAGCCCUCCUCUCCUCGUCACUAAAAUCCUUCCUCAUUAUGGAAAACGCACUUCCUUGCUGCGCGCGACCAGAGGAAGUGCUCACCCAUAAGAACAUCAGCUCCUAUCUCUGUGGCCCGAUCUCUCCCCCAGAGCCGGAUAUGAGUGUCCAGCUGCGGGAGCAGGCAGCGUGGCAGCGGGGCGCGUCGCGGCAGGCGCGCGGGGGCUUUGCGUGGCGCGCAGACGGACCUGAGUAGUGCGCUUUUCCCGGGACUCGCGAGGACGCGUGGCGGGCUACACGUGGAGCUCCAGAGGGUCGGCACGGACGGGAGCGAUGGUCACAGCUGCUGCUCGCUGAGAUUUCCUCAAAGCAUCUGCAGCUGGAGGCAGCGGAGCCUGCGGGCAUGUCGGCCCAUCACCGCACGCUGCUGUGCGUGGGCAUGCUGCUGAUGUCUGCGGGAGGGGUCCUGGUCUUCAUCGUCAGCCCCCUCCAGACGGUGCUGUUUCUGCUCGGGAUCUUUCUGGGCGUGGUGGGCAUGGCCCUGUUUAUCACUGGACUGUGUCUGGCCAUGAAGAACCUCCAGGUGGCGGUGCCAGGACACUUUCUCCUGCACCCCCGCACGGGCACGCGCUUCAACCCACAGCAGGCCCAGGCCAUCCAGAGGAGGUUGGACCGCAUCCGCCGGGAGAUGUCGUCCGACUCUGUGGAGGAGACUCCAGAGCCCGAGCCUCCGCUGCCAUGCACCCCGCCGCCGUGGACCAUGGAGCCGCCUCCCUCCUACGACACGGUGAUGAAGAGCCAGCAGCAGAGGGAGCAGCUUUAGCCACCGGACAGCCUCACUCACAUCAGUGCCUGUGGUCUUCAUGAGGGCUGAGACUCCACCAUGCUCUGGGUUUAUGAAGUGUGACUAUAAAAAAGACGGCAGAGCCUGAAACAACAAGGACUUGAGGACAAAAACGCAGUAACACUCUGGUUGCUGUUUCUCCUUUAGCCGUUGUGCCUGGAUUCAGGAUCGCUGGAGUGUCUUCCUGCAGGAUCACCUGAUACCUGUGGGCCCAUUGGGCUGUAAAACCCGCCCCACACUGCACUCCUAAAGAAAUCUAGUUAAUCAGUUAAUAUCAUUGACUGUAUGAGAGAACUGGACUGAGUGACCCCCUGGCGUUCCAAACAGGAAGUGGCUCCAAGAAGCCAACAUCCCACAGACUUCUAUAGAGAAACAAACAGCUGUUAU